GAUCUUUUUGUUCGUGAGGGUAACCAAGUAUAGAAUAAACGGAGCCCCUAAAAGGGUAGUGGCUGAUGGACCUUUAGACCUUUUCUAUCGAGUCGGCUCCCCUCAUUAUGCUAUCGUGCAGUGUGGCAUCCAUUUUCCAGAUUAUUAGUUUACCAUCUAGGAUAUUCCCCCCCCUUCUUUCCUCACACACAAAGUACUUACUGGAUGCUAUUGCGUAGUUCUUGAAUGUUCAUAGCAAAUGCACUUUAGAGGUGUGGUUGGUCCAGAACCACCUCCAAACUACGAUCGGCCGCCUGGGAUAAGUUUUACACAUUUUGACCGCAGCGUUUAAUACCAUGGAAGAGGCCAAACUCGAUGGUGAUCGCUCUUCAGAGUGAAGCUAUCGAUCCCAAGUUAUAUCCAGCCUAACACGUAGUCGGCUUAUUUAGACCAUGUGUAUAUUUUAAGCGUGUUUUGCAGGUCUUACCGCUGGGGGUGCUAGAUCCCCUCCACCGCACAUUUCUUUACACUGACCGUUAAAGCGAAGAUGGGUAUUCGAAUAUCUCCUACAUUUUCUACCACUUUACCGGUUCGGUGCCUCACUGGGAACUAUCACGAACUAUUGCUUGAUCUUUCACUUGGGUUCGGUGUCUUGAAAAGCGAUCAAGACGAGGGCACCACACAAAUAUAUAUAUAUAGAGAGAGAGAGAGAGCGAUUAUCGUUGUACUUUCUUUUGUAUGCAGGUAUCAAGGCAAGGUACCUGCUGUGGUUACGGUGAAUUUCUUUUUGAGGAUUCUUUUUACAAGUAUCGAAACCAAUCAAGCAGGAAUAAAGUCGCGACCUCUAUUGGCAUUCACCCGUGGGGUCCACCUUUACGUUUCUAUCACCUGUCAAUACCAGUCGGUGUGAGACCCCAUUGAAGACGUUAAGCCGAUUUGGAAGAAAUCUAUUGGUGUGUAUAUUAAACUGUUUGUUAUUACUUUAGUUGGCGGGAGGCUUAUUUCUCUCACGCCCGUUGUU